UUGUGCCACCGGUAUAAUUUGCAAUUUGGAUUCCAAAGAAAUUAGUUUGGAUUUUGGACAAAAGACGUCUCAUUGGCCAUUCAAAUACGGCAACAAAUAGUUUUUUUUAUAUUGACUUCGUUUGUGCCAAUUAUCGACACCCUACGUUACUAUUUUUUACGAAUUUACAUGUUUCCAUAUCUGAUAUGACAGUGGGCUAUCUAAUGUAUGUUUAAUCUUUGAUUAUAAUAAGUAAAUCUAACGAAAACGUUGGAAUCAAUAACAAGAGAUUACAGUUACUAGUAGGUUGCAGUAGCGUGUAUUAUAAAAAUAAUAGGUGUUACUCAAAUAAUUUUAGGUGACCUACCCCUCAUUAUACUGUUAUACCGACCUAUAAAAUGUCCUAUUUUUCUUUAUCAAUACCCACCCACUCAUAUUUAAGGUGUUGCCUGAGCAACACUUGGACCCUAUGUUACACGUCACUGGUAAGUAGUAACACUUAUUACAAUUUUAUUCAUAAUUCGUUUAAUUCGUUUAAAACUUAUUAGUUAUUAUUAUUAUUCAUCAUGAAUAAUGAUACAAUACAAUAAUUACCUACGUAUUUAUGCUAUGUUUUUGACUAUUCGCGAGCUGGAGUAGGCUAUGCUGAUUAGCAGAUCACAGAAGUGUGGAAUACCUAACACAAUGAGUCCACAAUGCUCCACAAAAUAAUAUGAUAUAAUUAACUUAUUUUAUCAUGGCUCUACAGGUAUCUAUACUACACUGUGGUAUAGAUAUCUGUGCCAUACUCCGUCUACGAGUAUAAUGCCUAUGGUAGAUAUUGCGAGUGUGACAAAUGGAAGCCGUUCGUUUUAGAGACAUUCAAUAUUAUUAUUUUAAAUCAUAUUAAUAUGUACUAAAUUAGUACACGAUCUGAGAUUAUUAUGCACUAAUAUAGAGAGUCGGCUAUGUAGUUGUUUUAUACGAUAUGUCUGUGUCAUAUAUUAUACUUACACAAUUAUUGCAAUUUUCGUGACGUAUACAAAAGUACGAACGCAUAUUGGUCACACUGCAUAGCAGAACACAACGCUCCGGGAACUACUACGAACUACCGUCCACCGGCAAUCGUACAUCGAUUGUCGAUCGGUGACCACCAUAGAUAACAAAUAACCGCGACGGCGCGACCACUGCCUGAACAACAAACAUUCUCUGCGCGUCCUAAAUCGUAAUCAUUAAGGACCAAGCUACCAAAGAAGGAACUUACCUCGGCUAUCGUCGACUGCGAACAUAGAUGAUAAUUAAUUCAUUAAUAUCUAUGGGCACAGCAGAAUUUUGAGAAAAACUGAUUAUCGUCGCCUUCAUUACAAUUUGUGCACAGAUCUAUUGAUACCUGUGGAUUUAUGAGAACAACUAAAAAGAUUGCCGUAAUUACACUUUGUUGCUUGUGCUUCUCUUGAUCAACUUCCUCUAACACACUUUGAACAUAUUCGUGUUACUCCUGUAAACACUACUGUAACACAAGUUUAGACAGAAAAUUUAGAAAAGUUUUGGUAACGGGAAAGUGAAGAAAAAGAAGCUUCAGUAAUGGAGAGAAAAGAUAUUGGAAAAGUAGUUUGUGUAGAAGAUCAUAAUAAAAAGAAAGUAAGAGACAAUUGGUUACCUUGUUUGGUAGUGGCACCCACUUUACAAUCCUCAGUUAGAGCUAAUGUUGUAGAAGACUACCUAGUUCGUUCAUUUAAGGAUGGAAAAUACUAUGCAGUACCAAAAAAAGAUAUUACCGAAUUUACUAAAGAAAUUGGAGCUAGAGUGGAAAAUCCUACACUAAAAACUGCCGUUGAAAAAGCCCUAUUAUUUCUUGACAAAGACGAACUCCCACCACACUGGGAUAGAAAUUUGUUAUUUGGUGUUGGUGAAAUUUGUAUUCCUACAGAUAAUAAAGCAGUUGAUAAUGAUAAUUCUGACAAAGAAUCUAUUGAAGAUAAAGACCAUUUUAUCGCACAGUUAUUUAAAUUUAUGGAUGACCGAGGAACUCCUCUUAAUCAAGCUCCUGUGAUUAAUGAUAAGGACGUUGAUUUGUACAAAUUGUUUAAGGUUGUCAAUAGUUACGGUGGGUGUAAUAAAGUAAAUACAGGUAAACUAUGGCAGUUGGUUGCAAAUAAAGCUGGAUAUGAACCACAAUCAUAUCUUUCUAUUCAACAUUGUUAUACACAAUAUUUACAUAGUUUUGAGGAUUUUUAUCGAAAACUUGGGUCUACUAUGUGGAGUCAUCCAAGGGUAGUAAGAUCGAGCAGAAAAUUUAGUCGCAGUAUUAUUAGGGAUGUUGAUAAGGCAUUUCCUAGCACCUCAUCAGCAACUGAUAAAAAUAAAACCAUAAAUAAUGAAUUAAGAGAUAAAAAAAAUAAGAAUUCUGCUGUAACUAAAAAAAAAGCCAAAUCUUUAAAAACUGAAGAAAAACUUCUAAAGAACAAUGAAGAAAUUUCAAAGAAAGAUGAUAAAAAAAAAGAAGAUUCUGCUAAUAGUAUGUUGCUUAGUAAACAAUUAAUGAAAUGGGAUCCAAAAAUAACAGAUUUAAAAGAUCCAGUUAGAAAUUCUAAAACUAAAAAAGAAAUGAAAAUAAUCCUAAAAAAAGAGCUGGAUUCUGAUGCAAUAGAUGAUGACCAAAUCAUUGGAGAUGAAAAAGUAGAAAAUAAAAUGUAUAAAAGAAAUGUACGUGGAAAAUCAGAAUUAAAAACUAAUAUGAAAAAAAGAAGAUUAAUCAAAGAACAAGUUAAAACUUAUUUUGAAGAUAUGUCAUUCAAAAAAUUGAACAGAGGAAUUUCUUAUACCCAUGCUUCAAAUAAAGAAAAACUAGAUGAAGAAGUACCAAAACUGACACGGUCAAAGACCGCAUUAAAUCUACGCUCCAGAUCAAGGAGAGCAUCAAUAUUAAGUGAUCUUGCUGACGGUGCUUCUGUUGUACAGCUGACACAGCCUAGAUUCUUAGAUAAUCUAGUUAAAAUUAAAAAGGAAGAUGUAACUGAAAAAAAAAGAAAGAAAAAGGACGAUAAAGAGGGUAAAGUGUCCUCAAACGUUACAAUUCCUACCCCUAAUAGUAUUGAAAAUGCACCGUUCGAUAAAGAUUCACCUUUGGUCAUUGGAGAUAAUUUAGUUGUUUAUUAUGGUGGUACAACUUAUGAUGCAAAAGUUAUUAAUGUGUGUGAUAUUGAAGGAGUAAUGAAAUAUUACGUGCAUUAUAAAGGAUGGAAUUCACGUUAUGAUGAAUGGAUAGAUGGUAUGCGUAUUGCUUAUAAAAAAAAGGAACAAGAACCUGAAGAAGAUAAUGAUGCAGAUUGUUCAAAAAGUAGUAUUCCAAAACAAAAAAAUGUGGUUUCAAAAAAGGUACCAACAAUAAGUAAUAAAAUCAGAAGGUCAGUUAAUCCACUUGCAUCAGAUUCAAAUAUUAAAAAAUCACGUUUUAGCAAUACUCGGCCUACUAGAACAUGUACUUUGACUGGUUCAUUAUUCAAUAUUGAUAAUUCUGAUUCGGAUGAAGAAUACACUCUAAUUGUAGGAUCACCCAAACAAUAUAGUAAGAAAAAAGUCAUAAAAUCUGAACCAAAUAUUAUUAUAACAACUGAUCCAUUAGACACCAAUAAUCGGAAAAAGACGCUAAAUCCAAAGACAUAUCCUAGUAAAAAAGUACUCAUGGAGCAAAGUGUGCCUAGAAAACCAAAGUCUUGUGUGUUAAAUGUUUAUAGCAAUAAAUCUCAAAGAAAUGAUUUAAAACAUAUUUCUGAAUCUAACAUUACUGGUACCGAUUUUGAUGAUAUUAUUGAAAAUACAGAAUCAUUCAUGUUGGAUCAACAAAUAAAAAUUGAUGCUUCAAAAACUAUUGAACCAGUCAUAGACUAUGCUUAUAAAUUUAAAGAAUAUGAAUCAGGCAAUUUUUAUUUAAUUCCUUCUGUCAUUGAAGAUACACCUAUUAGACAUGAUUCACCAAAAUUAUUUAACUUAGAAAAACCUGAUGAACUUACUAGAGUCAUUGAUUCUCCAUCACAAGAGCAAGUAGUUGAACAAAAUGGGUUAAUGGUAUCAUUUGUGCCUAAUAGCACUAGCAUUUAUUUAUAUGACAAUAAUGUUGAGAUAAAAGUUAAUGAAAAUUUGAAUAUUACAAAUAAAGUCAAAAAUCCAAUUAUGAGAAAUGAAUCUGAUAAUGAAUCUAAUGAAUCCCAAAACUUAAUGAUAAGUAAUGUUACAGUAGAUAUGCAAAAUGUAAUAGAAAUUGAGCCACAUUUUCAGGAUGAAGUUAAUGUUUCUGAUUUAAAAUAUGAAGUUUUGGAUUUAUGCAUGAAUCCUCCUAAAUCACCACUUACCAACGUUUUCAGUAUAUCAGAGGCCAGAGCACAAUGAAGUCCACGGCAUGAUCGUGGAAGAAGAUAACCUUCCAAUGGACAAAUUUAUAAAAGCCGCAAAUCACAUUUCAAAUAAUAAGAAAAAAAAGAAAAAAGAAA